UGCCAUUAAACUAAUAAGAUGACCAGUUUUUGGGAAGAGACACCCGAUCUCAAAAGUCAAAACUUGAUUGAUAUCAUUUACAGAGCUCUUAACCAAAUCGACGAACAUGGUUUUCUUCAGCUGGGCUCGGCCAUCUUCAGAGGACUGGAAAUCUUGCAUCGACAAGUCAGACAGUUUUAACUAUGAAGCCAAGUACAGAGGAGCUAGUGCUAGUCCACUUUCUUCCCUCGAACAAGAUAAAGGGCUCUCCAAAGAUGGCUUUUUCUUUAACCACAAACGUGUUUUGGUUGGUUCUGGUGUCGACGCAUAUGAAAAGGGCAAGACUGCUCUUCAGUCUUGGAGGCAUUUUGGAUUGGAUUGGGCAUUUGUUGACCCCAAAACUCGAACCCAAGUUGGAGAAAAGUUUUGUGUUUGUGUAAAGGAGUUUCUGCCAUGGGUUAUGAUGCCCCUUAAAGUUGUGUAUGUGGAGGAGAAGAAGGGAAAGGAACAGCAGCCUCUCUCCUCUUUUAGCUUUGGAAGUGGUACCCUUCAAGGCCACUUACUGGCUGGGGAAGAACGUUUCUCAAUUGAGCUUGAUGAGAAGAACCAAGUGUGGUACGAAAUACUUUCUUUCUCAAAACCUGCUGACAUUUUGUCAUUUGUUGGGUACCCAUAUGUUAGGCUCAGGCAAAAGUAUUUUGCCCAGCAAUCUGCUAAUGCUGUUCUAAAACAUCUUAAUGCUUCCCAAUCCCCUGAAUGAAGGAAGGUAUAGAAUAUCUGAGGACUAGGAAAUAAUAACAAUUGUUGUGUAGGUGUCCAAAAGGGACUCGAAUCUCAGGCUUUGUGAGAGCAAACCACAUACCAAGCAUUUGAGCUAACCCUCUUAGAUGAAGGAAAUUCAGCUUUUGAAUUGAAUGUGUUAAGUGUGUGUAAUCCAAACAAGGUUCACAAAUCUCCUUUCAUUUUC